UACAGUGCAAUAUUUAAUUAGAUAUUGUCGUAAUAUGGCUGUACGUAUGAUAUCAAGUGGACAAUUUAUAAAUCAUUUAGAAUUUAAAUUAAAACCAAUACGCAGUGUACAAUCAUCACCGACAAUGCCAUUCGGUGAACAUAUACCAUAUUAUCGUUUAUGUCAACGACCAAAAUGGACAAAAUCAAAAUUAAAAAAACCAACCAUUACGAAAAAAGGUUUAUUAUUUUUUCUUAAUGCUGAUGAUGAUGUACAGAAUAAGGUAAAAAUACCAACAACACCAAUAAUAAUAGAUCAUUUUCAGAGGCCUGGUUAA